UUACGGAGAGAGGGCGUGGCGUCGCUCACCGGAAGUGAAGGCUGGAGUGGGCGUGGUUAAGAGCUCUCCUAAACAAAACCGUCUGUCAUUGCAGCGUAUUUACUGUGCGGAUUUCAGGCUAAAUGGUUGUAAUUGGUGUAGAUCGGACUGCCGUGUCUGAAGUCUCCAACAUGUCCGCGGCGAGUCAAACAGAGAGAGCUGUUCUGGAGGAAGAGUUUAACUGGCUCCUUAAAGAGGAGGUUCACGCAGUGUUGAAACAGCUUCAGGACAUUUUGAAGGAAGCUUCGAGACGUUUUUCAGUGCCCUCACCAGGGCUGGAGGGUCAACUCAAACAAGAGAACUUCAUUCUUGGCAGCUCCACCAUGGACCAGGUGAAAGGAGUCCUCACUCUGCAGGGAGAUGCUCUGACUCAGGCCGAUAUCAAUAUUAAGGUGGCGAAAAGCACUCAAGUCAUGCAUUUUACAUUCCGAGAGGAUAAACAGUGGAAAUUACAACAGAUCCAGGAUGCGAGGAACCACGUGAACCAGGCGCUUCAGCUGCUCAGCAGCCGUGAUGAGAGCUAUCACUUCAAAACCGGCGCUGAGGUCAAUAAGCUGAUGGAUGCGGUGAUGAUGCAGUUAACCAGAGCGCGUAAUCGUCUUACCACACCGGCUACUAUGACCCUGCCUGAACUCGCCUCCACUGGAUUGAUGAGAAUGUUCACUCCGCCGAUGCCCGGGGAUAUGAUGGUGAAUUUAUACAUAAAUCUCAGUAAACUCUGUCUGACCGUCUAUCAACUGCACGUGCUUCAGCCGAACACUACGAAGAACUUCAAACCAGCAGGAAGUUCAGUUAUGCAUAAUCCUGGAGCAAUGUUUGAACUAAACAACACUAAGUUUGAGGUGAGCCACGUGCACAAAGUGGAGUGUGUGGUGCCGUGGUUGAACGACACACUGGUGUUUUUCACCAUCUCACUGCAGCUCUGCCAGCAACUCAAAGAUAAGAUUUCUGUGUUCUCCAGCUUCUGGAACUACAGGCCAUUUUAAGCUGACCAAAGAGUUUAAAUUUGUACUGUAAGUGCAGAAUUAAAAUAUAAAAAAUAUACAUUAAUCACACACUAGAAAACGCACCAUGUAAUGAAUCUGUGUAGUAUUUGCUUUAGGACCAACUGUUAAUUUAUAUGUGCGCAUCAUAACUGGAUAGAAUGAAUACGCACUCAGGCCAAGUCCUGUCAUGUAAGUCAAAUGGAUAUGAUCAAUAACUUUGCUUUUUGGAUUUGUUGUGAAAUAGUGAAGUAAACUUCUUUUAUUCCGUUAAUUAUUUUUAAGAGAAACUGUGAAUCUGUUCAAUGAUCUGAGCGCUAUGAUCAAAAUCUGGUUAGCAGUGUUUUUUCUGAUGACACUAUUUAGUGUCGUUUAAUGGUCCAGGAUACAUUUCAUUUCAUCGUAGACACUAUUUUAAAAAAUAUAUAAUGUGUUUAAUCUGAUAGUUUGACUAGAAAUGUAUACUAUUUCCCCCUACCAUGAACAUAUCUGCCACUCUGCCAGUAUAUAGUGUCUAAAUUGAGCUUCUUUACAUUUGCACUGGUGCUACAAAUGGUGUUAUUUGAGGCAGGUGUAUGAUGAUUUAGGCAUGUUGGUGGCACAGUGCUGAACCAGAGGCUGUUACUUGUUACCUACAUCUAGUCUUGUAGCUCCAAAGCAAAACUAAAGAAGCACACAUCGACACCAAACCCGUGUUGGCUGACUGACAACAUUUUGGGUAAAGGGGACAUUGUAUACGGUUCAUUUUGGGCAAUUUGGUUGUUAUAUUUGCUUAUAUGGUUAUAUAUUUUCAUUAAUAUACACUAUAUGGCAAAAUUAUAUAUGUGGACACCUGACAGUCACACUCACGUGUGGUUCUUACACCCCCUCCCCCAAAGAAAAUACAAACGAUUGUAUGUCACUGUAUGAUGUAGGGUUACAAUAUCCCUUCAGUGGAACCCAAACAUGUUCCAGCAUGACAAUGUCCCUGUGCACAAAGCGAGCUCCGUGAAGACAUGGUUUGCAAAGUUUGGUGUGGAAGAACUCGAAUGGCCUGUAUAGAGCGCUUACUUGAAGACUACUAAACACUUUUGGAGUGAACUGGAAUAUCAAGUGUGGCCUCCUCACUUGUGUGUGAAGGUUGAAGGUUAUUAUAACAGCAAAGAAGGACUAGAUCUGGAAUGAGCUGAUCAACAAGCAUAUAUUGGUGUUAUUGGUCAGGUGUCUACAUCCUUUUGGCCAUAUAGUGUUUAGUGGCACAGUACAUGAGCAAUUUAACCACAAAGAGAUUAUUAUUGCACUUAUACUGUACAUUCCGUGUAUUCCAUGUUGGAUCUGUUUGUUUAUCUUUCUCAUAUGAUACAAGCCAUGCUUUCUUUGUUAACGUGUUCUUAUGUUUUAUUUAUUCAACUGAUAAAUGAACUUGUUGUGCCCUGUGUUUUUGUUCAUUUGAUUAUUCCAACACAGAACGAUGAGUUGGUGUUAAAGGAUGUUUUUUUUCCGCUACAUAUUGUUUCAUGUUGACUCUAAUAACUCGUGCAAUAAAUGUGUUGAAGUCUA